AUGAUCAGACACUCUUCAUUGCUGAGAUUCAGGGGACUCGUCUCUUCCAGAACGGUCCCCUUGCCCUACGGCCGUGUGCUCUUUGUUCGACGAUUCAACAGUACGGAGGGGCCCCAGGGUCAGGGCAAGAUCCAUACUGUUAUUGGUGCCGUCGUCGAUGUCAAGUUCCACCGCGAGCCUCUACCCCCGAUCCUCAACGCCCUCGAGACUUCCAAUGGAGGCAACAAGCUUGUGUUGGAAGUAGCCCAACACCUGGGCGAAAACAUUGUCCGAUGCAUCGCCAUGGACGGAACCGAGGGCCUCAUUCGAGGAACCCAGGUGACGGAUACCGGCGCUCCCAUCUCGAUUCCCGUCGGGCCCGCUACGCUGGGCCGGAUCAUGAACGUCACGGGUGAUCCCAUUGACGAGCGUGGUCCUAUCGAGGGGGUCAGGACCAUGCCUAUCCACACGAAUCCUCCAGAGUUUGUUGAACAGUCAACGGCAGCAGAAAUUCUUGUGACGGGCAUCAAGGUCGUGGACUUGCUGGCCCCGUAUGCCCGUGGAGGCAAGAUCGGCCUCUUUGGGGGUGCUGGAGUAGGGAAGACGGUGUUCAUUCAGGAGUUGAUUAAUAAUAUCGCCAAAGCCCAUGGUGGUUUCUCCGUCUUCACUGGAGUUGGCGAGCGGACUCGAGAAGGCAAUGAUCUCUACCAUGAGAUGCAAGAAACCGGGGUCAUCAACCUGAAAGGGGAGUCCAAAGUCGCCCUGGUGUUUGGUCAGAUGAACGAGCCUCCCGGUGCUCGUGCUCUCCUCCUCUUCAUCGACAACAUUUUCCGUUUCACACAGGCAGGCUCCGAAGUCUCCGCCUUGCUGGGACGCAUUCCCUCUGCGGUGGGAUACCAACCCACCCUGGCAAUCGAUAUGGGCGCCCUCCAGGAACGCAUCACCACCACAACCAAGGGCUCCAUCACUUCCGUGCAGGCCGUGUACGUCCCCGCAGACGAUCUGACUGAUCCCGCCCCGGCCACGACCUUUGCGCAUCUCGACGCAACCACCGAGUUGUCCCGGAGUAUCUCGGAGCUGGGCAUCUAUCCCGCCGUUGACCCGUUGGGGUCCAAAUCCCGCCUCAUGGACCCGCGCAUUGUAGGCGAAGAACACUACAACACGGCGCUGGAGGUACAGAUGAUUCUCCAGGAGUACAAGUCGCUCCAGGAUAUCAUCGCCAUUCUGGGCAUGGAUGAGUUAUCCGAGACAGAUAAGCUGAAGGUUGAGCGGGCGCGAAAGAUCCAGCGCUUCCUCAGUCAGCCUUUUGCUGUGGCAGAGGUAUUUACGGGCAUGAAGGGUGAGUUGGUGCCAUUGGAGGAUACUAUUCGAUCGUUCCGGGCUAUUCUUGAUGGGCAGGGUGAUAAUAUGCCUGAGAAUGCUUUUUACAUGGUGGGCAACUUCGACUCGGCCAAAGCCAAGAGUGAGAAGAUCCUCAGGGAGCUGGAGCAGCGAGCCUAG